AUGCCAUUUACAGCUAUUGAUCAUGAUUAUUGGUUCCAUCAUGAACCGAAGGAUCGAGUCUGGUCAUGGGGACCAGAAUGGAAUUAUAAUCAUUAUGAUCCAAAAUAUGAUGUUUGGCCAGCACGAAAAUAUAUUGGAGAAUCAAUAAUGUAUAUGAUAAAUGAAUUUCAUAUUGAUGGUAUACGUUUUGAUGCUGCCACGCAGAUAGCCAAUGAUGAAUUUUUAAAAAUAAUUGUUGAUCAAGCAAAAGAAUUAGCUCAAAAGAGGUAUGAUUUGUCCAUUUGA